AAGUUGGAUAAGCAAAUAAUUACAUUUUAAUGUACAAAUUCCUAAAGAAAACAUACAAAAUUCCUAAAGAAAACAUUUUACUUUUAUACGUUACCUAGAGGUCGGAUAGGCUAGUUCCUAGAUCUGUACAUUUCGUACGUAACGACAGCUAAUCCUUUUAUUUCCAUAUUUUACGAUAUAACAGCAAGCUGAAAGAUAUUAUGUUCGAGUUUUUAUUUUCAAGUUAUUUAUUUCAACAACAAGGCAGAAGACCUUUUUAUUCACAAGUAGUGAAUAAAAAUAGUGAAUUAUUGUAGAUGCUAAUUUUUAUUUACACAAUAUCCUAAUUAACAGUUUAGCAACGUCUACCAACAGGAACGUAAUCAGAUCGAUAGAAACUCUAUCAUCGAAUGGUAAAGGAGAUGACGAUAAUUCGUCCAAGUUGUGAUGUAGCGUAGCUUACGUGGGAUCUGUCGUUUUCCGAGGGAAAAACUGUCAAAAACAUGACAACUACAAAUUAUUUGGAUUUGGACAUAAAUAAGUUAUUCGAGGAGCACACCAUCAAAGAAAUCGAGGAAAUUCAGAAAAAAAUUCAAUUGGAGAGUGAUAGAAAGAAAAUAGAACUGCGAACAUUAGUUGGGGAGAGAUAUCGGGAUUUAAUCUUGGCUGCCGAUACUAUUGGAAAAAUGAAGAUAACGUCCGAGGGAGUUACCUCAAAAAUUGCUAAUAUAGAGGAUAAAUUUAAGGAACUGCAAAAGAAAUAUCUUAUCGGUUUUAAGACUGAGCUCGUGGAAGAUAAGCUAGACAGGAGAGAAGAACAUAUUUUGGACUCUGUUAUCAUCCAAAUCAAAAUUCUAAUGGAUAUUCCACAGUACAUCUGGACGAGUAUCGAGACUCAAAACUUACUCUUUGCUACACAGUUAUACAUAAUAGCACAACAUAUAAAUUAUGGUUUAAUGUUUGAAAUAGGCAGCACAGAGCUGUUUCGUAAAUAUCCAAUUGUUUCGAAGCAGUGGGACGUUAUUACUCAAUUUAAGAACAUUAUAUGUAACGAGUGUAACAAGAUAUUGCAGUCAUUAGAUGUCUCUACCAUAAAUGCUGCAAACUGCUUGGCUUCACUUGUAUUCUUAAACGAGUCUCCUUUUGUGGAUCUAUUAGAAAAAUUAAUAUCCACAAGAAAUCAUGCUAUUGUGUCUGUCAUUAAAGAAGAGAGUCAUAGCAGUGUAAAAAACAAGCUAAAGUUGUGCAUAAAAAUAUUUAUACAGACUGUCCACUUGAUAUAUUCGUGCUUUAUAAAUGCAGAUAAUGCACCGGGGGGCUUAGUCUUACAAUUCAUAACAGACAUAAAGGAUCAAGAAGCAUAUUGCUUACUGUCGCAACUUGAUUUAAAUCAGGAUUUACUCGAAGAGUUCUUGCCAUCGGUUUCCAAACAUCAUAAACCAUUUGUUCAGGACGUGCCAGCAAACUUUCCUUUAUCAGUCCUCCAAGAGAGUGUUAAGUCUUGGUUGAAAUGGGUUGAUGAGUUUUCCACUUGUGAAGUCACCAAGUUAUUAGAUUUAAUAGUUUCUGUUAAAGGUCUGUAUAAUGUUAGAGAGGAGUCUGUCAGUGUGAAUCUACCUGAAAACUGGAAUUCCAUAUGGGAAGAGCUGUCCUUGCCAAGAAUAAGUUUCUGGAUGGAAUUCUUCCAACCUAUCAUAACCAAACGAGCAAAAUGUAUUAUAACGGAUAAAUGGACGAACGCGCUUGUCGAUUUGAAGUCCAGUAUAAUAGAAUUACUCGAUAAGGUGGCGCAUGAUAAAUUUGAGUUUCCGGAACACGAUUUACGAUGGUUCGUGUGGAAGGACUCUCCCACCGAUAUACCGCAGAAACUUACGAAGAACGGUGGAUUGGAUAACAAAAGAUCCCUGUUGAUGAAAGCCAAGGGCUAUUCCCCGAACGUGAUAAAACUGUGCGAAAACUUUGACAAGAGUUUACACACGCUACUGUCCGAUCUGGAGCAUUACUUGUACGAAACCGAGCGAGUGAUGACAAUUAAAGAUAGCUUAUUUACAGCGAACAUAUCUCUAAUUGCGAAUUCAUUCUCCGAUCGCAAUGAGGUCCAAGAGCACUUGCAAACGAUCAGUACUGACAUGAUCGAAGAUCUCGUACGAUUCAUCAAAAAUACAUGCGUAAACGAUAAACCUGAGCAUGGCCAACGCGACAUAAACGCCAUAGUACUGGCGAGAUUCCUCUUUGCAUUGACUACAUUGUGCCCGAGCUUGAAUAAAUGUUUAACACUGUCGAAAGUGUCUGGACUUGGCAUCACGAAUGUUAAAUGGCAAACCGUUUGUGAUACUUUGAAAGAGGAGAGCACUUGCGUAUGGUCCGUUUGGGCCGACGUAUACAAGGCCAAGAUACACGAACAUAAGAAAAAAUACAUAUUAAAGGAACCAAUUGACGGUCUGCGUGUUCAUUGGAUUGUCUCCGAAUGGGAGAAGGUGACCAUAGAAGAGGAGUCUGGGGAAGGAAAGCGAAUAAAGUCCGAGAUUCUAGUGCCGUAUCAACCGUCGAUACCUCUGCAAAAGUUCUUAACGGCUAUCUGCAAAGAUUUAAAUAAGAUUAUACCGCACACAUUUCCCAAGAGAGUGCUACAACAAAUCAUUGAGAACAUCGUUACAGAACUAUUUAAUUAUUAUCUCAAUACGUCCAAGAAUGUAGAUAUCAGGCAGAAGCAAGCGUUUCAAGUAUUGUACGACAUAAAGUAUUGUACGUUGCUUAUGGUGCCCCGCGAAAAUAAAGCUCUCAACGAGCUUUCUGCCAAAACUUGCGAAGCGGUGCUCGCGAAAAUAGAUCCGUUUGACUAUGACGUUUUCAAUCCGUUCAUUCACAUCAACGUGAGAAAAUCCGUUCAGAGAUCUUUGCUGAUAUUUGGAAACUUAGUGUCCCAUUUAGAGCAAUUGCACUCGACCUUAGGCGCGCGCAACGAACACGCCAACAGCGACGGUGGCAAAUCCGAGCCACCGGCGGUGCUUGCGGUUUGCACAGGUGCACCGUGGUUCCCGCCAUUGACCGUUACUGCUCCUACGAGAAAUUUGCCGCUUAUGUCGGUGACGAUGCCCGAUAAAGCACAGAUGUCGCCCUUUGAGUAAGGUAGACCUCUCGCGAAUGUAAAUUUUCGCGCAAAAAAGUGCCAACAAAAGAACAUACGAGAAACGAUUCCGCCAGUGCAACAAUAAAAUCCGGCGCUGCCGCGUUUUUCGGUGCGAUGGGGUCGGAUUGGUUCGGCAGUAGUUAACUAAUUUGUUAACUGUUUCCCUUGCUCCAUGAAAAUUGUGUAAAUAUUGUUAUAUACUAUACAUAUUAUACAUAUUGUGUAAAUAAUAUGUCGAUAGAAAGCAAGUUUUUAUCAUGUUAUUACUCGUUUUAUAUCAAUCAAAUAAACAAACGAAUCCA